AUAAAAUACACCACCCAACAAGGAAUAGAAACCAAGUGGCCUCCUCCGCCCUCCACCACCUCCACCGGCUCCGCACCAUGUCACCUGCUCUCGCCUAGCUCUCUCUCUCUCUUUCUCUCUCUUUUAAUAUGCCAAGGCAAAGAAAAGAGAAAAAAGAGGGUUCCAAGAGAGGGAGAGGGAGAUAGAGAGACCAGCUCCGGUCCUCGUCCACCUCGUUGCAUGAUGUCUCUCACCUCCUUCCUCCCCUCCGCCACCCCCAAAAGCCACCACCAUGGCCAACACAAGCGAAAGAAGAAGCCAUCUCAGCCCCCACCACCACCUCAGCCCGCCAAAACCCCGGCGCCGCCUUCCUCGUGGGAGCAGUUCAAGAGCCUGCUGAGCUGCAGGAUCGCCGCACCGUCGACCCAGGUCCACGACCCCUCGAAGCUGGGGGGAAGGUCGUCGUCGUGUGGCUCGUCCAUCUGCGCCUUCCGGGACGUGGUCCACGGCAACACCCGCGUCGUCCACCGCUCCGACACCGACCGCUACUCCUCCGCCUCCGACAGCGGGCCACUCGACACAACCCCACUCGCCCGCCGCCGCCACCGCCCCCCGCCGCCGCCGGUGGUGAGCUCCGGGUCCCACUCCAAGGGGGGAAUGCAGCUCAGGAAGCUCUCCGGGUGCUACGAGUGCCAUGCCAUCUCCGCCGAGCCCGCUUCCAGGUACCCGAGGUCGAGGUUGCUGUGCGCUUGCCCCUCCUGUGGAGAGGUGUUUACUAAAUCCGAGAGUUUGGAGCUCCAUCAAACCAUUCGCCAUGCCGUGUCGGAACUGGGGCCGGAGGACUCCGGGAGGAACAUCGUGGAGAUCAUCUUCAAGUCCAGUUGGCAAAAGAAGGACCAUCCGAUCUGCAAGAUCGAGCGCAUCCUCAAGGUGCACACCAACCAGCGCACCAUUGCCCGCUUCGAGGACUACCGUAACGCCGUCAAGGGCCGCGCCCUCCUCCACCUCCACGCCGCCUCCGCCGCCGCCGGGGGACUCCGUCAACCCCUCACCAACAAGAAGAACCCCCGCUGCGCCGCCGACGGCAACGAGCUCCUCCGCUUCCACUGCACCACCCUCGCCUGCUCCCUCGGCGCCCGGGGCUCCACGGCCCUCUGCUCCUCCGCCGCCGCUGCCAUCGGCGCCGCCGCUCCCUGCGGCGUCUGCGCCAUCAUCCGCCACGGCUUCGGCCGGGCACACCACCCUCACGGGGUACGCACCACCGCCAGCAGCGGCCGCGCCCACGACUGCGGUCUGCCGUCGUCGGGUGCCGCCGGCGGCGGCGGCGGCGGGGGGCUGAGGGCCAUGCUCGUGUGCCGGGUCAUCGCCGGCAGGAUCCUUCGCCCGGGAGACGCCGACCCCGUCGUGGACGACGCCUACGACUCGGUGGCCGGGGGUCCGGGUCCCGGGGACGGCGGCGCGUACGCGACUCUCGAGGAGCUGUUCGUGGCCAAUCCGAGGGCCAUCCUCCCCUGUUUCGUCGUCAUCUACCGGUCCCUCGACUAGAUCGAUCGAUUGAUCUAACUUUGUCUGGUUUAUGCGUUAUUAAUGGGAUGACAUGAAUAGUAGAUUAGAUGUGAUAACGCCUGUACCAAAAAAAAAGAAGAUGUGAUAACGCCGGCGACCGGGAAAGAAAAGGGUGGCCCACCCACGACGGCCUAUGCUCCUACCUUUCUUGUAUACUUAAACUGUCUCUACUUCUUUCUGAAACCUCUCCAAGCUCUCCUCGGUUUAGUUUACCUGGUAUUUUGAUUAAUUAAAUAAGCAUGUAGAAGCUAGUGUUCUACCUGUAACAAGAAGUUUUAUUAGUUUUUCUUGAACGUUUCGUUGAUUGAUGAGGUGUUAUCCAAGUACUUAAUGGGCUGGUAUUUUAUUAUUUA